UCGCCAUGUCCGGGGAGCUGGAGAUCAUGGAGUCGCAGGUGAUGUGGGAGCCGGACUCCAAGCGCAACACCAGUAUGGACCAGUUCCGGGCAGCGGUGGCCGCUGCCUACGGGAUCCGCCUGGCCAACUACAGUGAGUUGUACCACUGGUCAGUAGAACACUAUCCAGAUUUCUGGGCAGAAUUUUGGAAUUUCAGUGGGAUUGUCUUCUCCCGUUUGUAUGAUGAGGUGAUUGAUCCUUCCAAAGGCAUCGCAGAUGUUCCGGAGUGGUUUAAAGGCAGCCGGUUGAACUACGCGGAAAACCUCCUGAAGCACAAAGAGAACGACAAAAUCGCGCUCUAUGCUGCACAGGAAGGCAAGGAAGAGGUCCUGAAGGUGACGUUCGAGGAGCUGAGGAAGCAGGUCGCGGUGUACGCUGCGGCCAUGAGGAAGAUGGGCGUCAAGACUGGAGACAGAGUUGUGGGUUACCUGCCAAACGGCAUCCAUGCGGUAGAAGCCAUGCUGGCCACAGCAAGCAUCGGCGCGAUCUGGAGUGCGACCUCGCCGGACUUUGGCAUCAACGGUGUCCUGGACAGAUUUUCCCAAAUUCAGCCCAAGUUGAUCUUCUCUAUCGAGGCUGUCAUUUAUAACGGGAAGAAGCACAACCACCUGGAAAAGCUCCAGAACGUCGUAAAAGGACUUCCGGACCUAAAGAAAGUUGUGGUGAUCCCCUACGUUUCCUCGAGAGAAUUGAUAGACAUUUCCAAAAUUCCACACAGCGUCUUUCUAGAAGAUUUCCUGGCAGCGGGCAAGGGAGACCAAGCUCCUCAGCUGGAAUUUGAGCAGCUUCCCUUCAGCCACCCUCUUUUUAUCAUGUAUUCAUCUGGCACGACGGGGGCUCCCAAGUGCAUGGUGCAUUCUGCGGGGGGAACACUGAUCCAGCACUUAAAGGAGCACAUUCUCCAUGGCAACAUGACCAGCAAUGAUAACAUCAUGUACUACACGACGACCGGUUGGAUGAUGUGGAAUUGGCUGGUGUCUGCUCUGGCCGUGGGUGCCUCGGUGGUCCUCUACGACGGCUCGCCCCUCGUUCCGAGCCCCAGCGUCCUGUGGGAUCUGGUCGACCGACUGGGGAUCACUAUCCUUGGGACUGGCGCUAAAUGGUUAGCGGUGCUGGAAGAGAAGAACCUUAAACCCUGUGAAACUCACAACCUUCAGACGCUGCACACCAUCUUGUCGACUGGGUCACCUCUCAAGCCGCAGAGCUACGAAUACGUCUACAAGCACAUAAAGAGCAGUGUCCUUCUCGGGUCUAUCUCAGGUGGCACAGAUAUUGUUUCCUGCUUCAUGGGCCAGAACAUGUCCAUUCCUGUUUACAAAGGUGAGAUCCAGGCACGGAAUCUUGGAAUGGCAGUGGAAGCUUGGAAUGAUGAAGGCAAGCCAGUCUGGGGGGAAAGUGGAGAGCUGGUUUGCACCCGGCCCAUGCCUUGUCAGCCGACACACUUUUGGAAUGACGAGAACGGAAGCAAAUAUAGGAAGGCGUAUUUUUCAAAAUAUCCAGGUGUUUGGGCUCACGGUGACUAUUGCAAAAUCAACCCCAAGACGGGAGGGAUCGUCAUGCUUGGUCGCAGCGAUGGCACGCUGAAUCCGAGCGGAGUGAGGUUUGGCAGUUCGGAGAUCUAUAAUAUAGUGGAAGCCUUUGAGGAGGUCUCCGACAGCCUCUGUGUCCCCCAGUACAACAAGGAUGGUGAAGAACGGGUGAUUCUCUUCCUGAAGAUGGCCACGGACCAGAAGUUCAGCCCAGAUUUGGUGAAACGGAUCAGGGAGGCCAUCCGCGCCGCACUCUCGGCCCGGCAUGUUCCCAGCCUCAUCCUAGAAACCGAAGGCAUUCCGUACACAAUCAACGGGAAGAAGGUUGAAGUGGCUGUCAAGCAGAUCAUUGCUGGGAAGGAGGUGGCUCAGCGCGGCAUCUUCUCCAACCCAGAGUCGCUGGACCUUUACCGAAAUAUCCCCGAACUCCAAGACUACUGAAGGAACUGGCCUUCUCUUGGUGCUUGUACAUGUGUGUGUCUGGUUUUGUAUCAUGUAUAUAAUAUGUAUAUGGAUCCUGUAUGUAAAAGAAACUUAUUUAAGUGACGGUGUUUCCUUUAAAAGGAGAAAUACGGUUUUGUUUUGUUUGGCCAAGUGUUUCACGGAUGGGCUUUCCGGGGAGGAGCCGUGAGGCACCUUUUGGCUCUUGUCGUCGUUGCUCUUCCUCCAAACCUAGACAAGCUUCGCCUCCUUUUAAAUAACUGGAUACUACACAAACUUUUUAUAACAUACUAAAUGCAUGUCUUCUGGUUUGAAUUUUAUCUCGAAAACCUAAGGGAAGAGGGUGAGAUGGCCACACAGGUAGUAAACCAUAUUCCAUUUGCGUAGAGUUACUUUUUCGGCUGUUGUGCCAAGGAUUCUGGGAAACUUGACCUGCCUGCUCAGUGGGAAGGCCACGAAAGGGCAGAGGUGUGCUCUUGGAUCAGGCGCUUCAGCCCGAGCCGGCUCUCUGGGAAAGCUGAGGGUGCGUCCUGGACCACAUCCCAGAAUCCUUUGCAACACGCAGGGCCCUGUGGUUGGCACUCUGUGUGCAAAAUGUGUCCCGAAGCAGGGAGUUCUGAAAAGCGCUGGCUUGAAGUCUCCCAUUCAGUUCCUGAGAUCUUCACGUGGCUUUAAAAAUAGAGAGCUGGACGACUCUGGUCCGGGCUUAACCUUUUUUUAAAAAGUGAAAGCGUGAGAGAAGCGAGUGCAGUUUUGCUUUUUUCUCUGCUGCUGUGCUAAAUGAGUCUUGCCACCCACUGCUAAGUGUGAAUGGGGUCGGCCCUCGUCAGGGCCUGUCACGCCAGCCUGCCCUCGUGAUCCGCAGGACCGGUUAGUCGUGGCCUGCCGACAGGCUGUUGCUUCUGCACGGGGGUCGUGUUCCUCCCUCGGACUGGCGUCAGUUUUGGCUGCUCCAUCAACCCAGUGCCGAAUUUGGAGGGGGGGAAGGAGGCGGUGCCGAAAGCGUGGCUGCGGUUUUCUGAUGCGUGUGUGUUUUUAAAGGAGCUUGUUUAUUUUUUUACGUGAAGGAAGUAGGUCUCCUUCCAUGUGCACGAGUCACUUGCACUAUGCAGAGCCUGGGAUAGGAAUUACAGGCCCAUCUGGAGGGCGUGGGCUGGUGAGCACCAGUCCUUUGCGGGAGCCAUAUUAACUGGGCAGGAGCCAACUCCGCAUAGACUCUGCCCUAAACAACAGGUGCGUCAGCUCUCUCUCCUCAGCUCCAGCUUCAGGGGAGCUUUGAUGGAAGAACAGACUCCCCCAUGCCCGUAUGAUGCAUUGCAUGUCCGAGAUGGGAGCACUCCCCCUUGUCUCCUGGAACCCCAGUGAGUUUUGUGUUUUUGCCAAUGUGUGUAACCUACUUUUACUUCCUUAACAAACAAACAAACCUAAAGCUGAUCUUUGGUGGUGACAAGGGACGUAAAAGAUCUGAAGUGGUUUCUUGGUGCUUGUCUUGGUCUUGGUUUUUAAAGGGAUCCUCUUCCCACCCCUAGUAAUGCAAACAAGGUGCUAGAAACACAGGGAGUCAUCACCGUUGUGGUGCUUGUGAAGAACAGUCCCGUUGCGAGAACCAUGCUGGAAAAGGGUUUGGUCUUCGGGCAACCUGUGUGUUACGGUGGGUAGAGGCUGUUGGGGAUCUUUUUCGAAUCAUGGUGUUGCACAAGUUCAAUGCUAUUUCAAGGGAUUUAAACUUAAUAAAAUGCGGAAUGAUU